GCGGCGGGCCCGCGGCGGCGCUGCGUGAGCAGGAGCGGGUGUACGAGUGGUUCGGGCUGGUGCUGGGCUCGGCGCAGCGCCUGGAGUUCAUGUGCGGGCUGCUGGACCUGUGCAACCCACUGGAGCUGCGCUUCCUCGGCUCGUGCCUGGAGGACCUGGCGCGCAAGGACUACCACUAUCUGCGCGACUCGGAGGCCAAGGCCAACGGCCUCUCGGACCCGGGGCCAUUGGCCGACUUCCGAGAGCCCGCCGUGCGCUCGCGCCUCAUCGUUUACCUGGCGUUGCUGGGCUCAGAGAACCGUGAGGCCGCCAGCCGCCUGCACCGCCUCCUGCCCCAGGUGGACUCGGUGCUCAAGA